AUGUAUUCAUCAUCAUACAAUGAUAAUAACGCAAAGAAGUUGGCAGCCACAUUGGAUACUUUAUUAAAGCAUACAAUAUGCUCCUUUGUUCGUUCUCAAGUACUUUUUGGUGCCAUUCGACUCAAUCUAUUUACAAUGAUUGAGGAGUCUUCAACAGGUUCUCUAGCUUAUGAAGAACUGGCAAAAUUAAAUGUAUCAUUAUCAAUGUUAUCAUAUCUUGUUUAUCUUCGUCUACUAAAACGAUGUUCAAAUUCAAAUCGCUAUGAAUGUACACAUGUUACACGUACAUAUCUUGUUUCAUCACGUCAAAAUUAUGUUGGUUUAGGUAUUGGUGUUUGGGAUCAUCGUCGUCAGUAUACAUUUUUUCUUCGUCUUAAUGAAACAUUAAAAUAUGGUAUUAGAACAAGUGAAGAUAGCAAUGAACAAUCAUGUCUUUGGUCAAUAUUCGAACAAAAACAAGAUCCAAUGAUUUAUUUUGCACGUAUCAUGUCAUCUUUUACCCGCUGUACAAUUAAUGAAUUAUGCGAUCAUGCUGAUUUUUCAAUAUAUUCAACAUUACUUGACAUUGGAGGUUCAUUAGGCGAUCUCAGCCGAACAAUUGUUACACGAUAUCCACAUAUGAAUGCGUUUAGUUUUGAUUUACCUGAACUUACUUGCUAUGCCUCUUCAGUCAAUAUCAACGAUUCACAUGUUCAUUACGUAGCCGGGAAUUUUUUUGAAGAAAAUUGGCCAGAUGAAAUAAUUAAAAUCACAAAAAAUAUUGAUCUUGUAUCUCUUAAAUAUAUUCUACAUGAUUGGACAUAUGGUCAACGGAGAUUGUUAAUUGAAAAAAUUUAUAAAUUAUUAAAAACAAAAAUUCAACUUAGUGGUGGUAAUGGUACGCUAUUAGUUAUUGAAAAAAUGAUUGAUAAUGAUCGUGAAAAUAUUACAACAUUAUCAACUAGUAUAUCAAUGGCUAUUGAAUGUGGUGAUGGCAUUGGAUAUGAUACUACACAAAAUGAAUACAGACAACUAUUAUUUCAAGCUGGUUUUCAACGUAUACAAAGUGUAGAAUUAACUGGUCCAAUGAUUGCUCUUUUUGCUCAUGUCAUAUAA